AUGAAAUAUAUGAAGGAUGAAACUUCUAAGGCGGCCUCACCUCGAGUUAGAGAAUUUGAUCGUCACAAUUACAACUUCAAUAUUGACGAGACAAAGGAUCACAAUGAGGGUCAGCCAAUGGGACACUACAGGGUGGAAAUUCAUAAAAAUUGGUGCGACUGCGGAAAGUUUCAAACCUUCCGCAUGCCUUGUUCACAUGUCAUUGCCGCAUGUUCCAGUGUUCGUCAGGAUCCAUUCUUGAAACUAUCAGAAGUUUACAAGGUCGUGAAAUUAUUCGAUAUCUACAAUAACAGUUUUCCAGUGGUAGCUAGUGAGGACUAUUGGCCAACCUAUCAUGGAGACACAAUUUACCACAACGAAAAUACGAGAAGAAACAAAAAGGGCCGCCCCAAAAGCACGUGA